AUGAUUGUGUGUUUCUUCACUAAUGGCAGUAAGGUGCUGGAGAUCCUCUUCCUGAUCUUGAACUCCCAGCAGGGAACCUUCAUCUUCCUGAUCUACUGUAUCCUCAAUAAUGAGUUAAACAUGAUUGUGUGUUUCUUCACUAAUGUCAGUAAGGUGCUGGAGAUCCUCUUCCUGAUCUUGAACUCCCAGCAGGGAACCUUCAUCUUCCUGAUCUACUGUAUCCUCAAUAAUGAGAAAGUGCAUGAGAGCAGCAGGACUCUCAAAAACUGUGACGAGCUCAGCUGUUUCUUUACAACCAGUCACUUCCACAACAUCUACCAGUUCUACUUCUACAGCCUCUUCACAGCCGGUCACAUACACAACAUCUACCAGUUCUACUUCUACAGGUCAUUUACUUACAGUCACUUCCACAACAUCUACCAGUCCCACAACUGCAGUUCCUCUACAUCUGGUCACUUCCACAACAUCUACAGCCUCUUUACAGCUGGUCACUUCCACAACAUCUACCAGUUCAACAUCUACAGAUCAUUUGCCUACAGUCACUUCCACAACAUCUACCAGUCCCACAACUGCAGUUCCUCUACAUCUGUCUCUUUACAGCCGGUCACUUCCACAUCAUCUACUAGUUCAACAUCUACAGUUUCUUUACAGCCGGUCACUUCCACAUCAUCUACUAGUUCAACAUCUACAGCCUCUUUACAGCCGGUCAUUUCCACAACAUCUACUAGUUCAACAUCUACAGUCUCUUUACAGCCGGUCACUUCCACAACAUCUACCAGUUCUACUUCCACAGGUGAGGAUGAUGCUGGACUGCACUUCUCUUUACAGCCGGUCACUUCCACAACAUCUACUAAUUCAACAUCUACAGUUUCUUUACAGCCGGUCACUUCCACAAUUUCUACUAGUUCAACAUCUACAGGUGAGGAUGAUGCUGGACUGCACUCCGGUCACUUCCACAACAUCUACCAGUUCAACAUCUACAGCCUCUUUACAGCCGGUCACUUCCACAACAUCUACCAGUUCUACUUCCACAGUUCCCCUACAUCUGGUCACUUCCACAACAUCUACAGCCUCUUUACAGUCGGUCAGAUCCACAACAUCUGCCAGUUCUACUUCUACAGGUCAUUUACUUACAGUCACUUCCACAACAUCUACCAGUCCCACUACUGCAGUUCCUCUUCAUCUGGUCACUUCCACAACAUCUACAGGUCAUUUACCUACAGCCAUUUCCACAAUAUCUACCAGUCCCACUACUGCAGGGAACUCCACGCUGCGUCCUCUAGCGGACACAAUGUGGAACGAAAUGCCAACUAUGCCAUGCCAAGUUCCUCUACAGCCGGUCACUUCCACAACAUCUACCAGUCUCGCUACUACGGUCUCUUUACAGCCGGUCACUUCCACAUCUACACUUUCAACAUCUACAGAUUCACAACGUCUGAAUACCACAAUGUUGGAAGAUUGCAAGGAAAAUGUGAAAAUCUUCUUGGCCAGAUAGAGAACUUGACAGCUCAAGUGCUUCCUUUGACCGAUGUGACAAAAAUUUUGGAUGUGGUCCUCAAUGCUUCAGAGAAGGUUUUAGACUCAUCGUCAACUGACCCAGAUAAACUGGUGUUACAUGGAAACCGUCUGUUAAAAGCCAGCGAGAAACUCGUGUCCAUGCUGGUGAUACCGACAAACACAAGUGACUAUGUCAAUUUUACUCUUGACACUGUGGAGGUUGAAGUCUUCAUGGUUGGACCACAGGUCACCUUAGAUAAAAUCCCUCGACUCGACACGACAAAUUCUUCUGUGGACAUCGAUCUCAUUGGGAUCGCCAAGAACAACAAUGAAACAAGAUCAGCUGCUGUGGCUUUCAUGAGCUACAACACGAUGGAGAAUCUACUAAAGCCAGACUUCUUCAACACAUCAAAAGACACGGUUAAAACCAUGAUGUCUACUGUGAUCUCAGCUACUCUUCCCAAAACCACCAACACUAAACUCACCAAACCAGUCAACUUCACCCUCAAACACAUCAGAGAGUUUGAUCCCAGCGGUUCUCUGUUCUGUGUGUACUGGAAUAUCAGCGAGUGGAUUGUAGAUGGUUGUUCUGUUUUAAAGACCAACAGCAGCUGCACUGUGUGUUCCUGUGAUCAUCUGUCGACAUUCGCUCUCAUCAUGCAAACCAGCCGUCAGUCAGAGAGCGACUCACUGAUGGAGCUGUUGAAUUUGGUGUGUGUGAUCGUGGGGCUGGUGUUCUUCAGUUUGGCCCUGUUGACCUUUGCCCUUUGUCAGUGGAGUCCUGGAGUGAAUAAUGUGGCUCGAAUCAACAUCUGCAUCAGUCUUCUGUUGGCUCACCUUCUGUUUCUGCUCACACAGCAGUUCCUGAGCCUCAUACGGCGUCAGCAGGUGUUGUGUGCCGUGAUCUCAGGCCUUCUGCACUUCCUCUUUCUCUCCGGCUUUGUGUGGAUGUUCAUUGAAGCUGUGCUGCUCUUCAUCUGUGUGAAGAACCUAUCACAGCUCAGCUCCAUUAAUAGGGCGGUGCUUAGCAGAGAAUUCCUGUGUGUGAUUGGAUAUGUGGUUGCUCUGGUUGUGGUGGCCGUGUCUGUUGUGAUGGAUCCUAAUGGCUACGGAAGUGAAAUGUGCUGGAUAAAAAUAGAUAAAGGCUUCAUCUCAAGUUUUCUGGGACCUGUUUGCAUGAUACUAACAUCAAACACGAUUCUUUUCAUCAAGAUCGUCAUCACUCUGAACUCAACUCUCAAAAAUCUGAACUCUGACGUUUCACAGAUAAAACAAACCAAGAUCAUGGUGUUUAAAACACUGGCUCAGUUUGUGGUUCUUGGUUGCUCCUGGAUUCUGGGUUUCUUCACUAAUGGCAGUAAGGUGCUGGAGAUCCUCUUCCUGAUCGUGAACUCCCAGCAGGGAACCUUCAUCUUCCUGAUCUACUGUGUCUUCAAUAAUGAGGUCAGGCAGCAGUACAGGAAGUUCUUCAGAUGUCUUUGCAGUGGACAAAAACAACACUGAGGACCACAGAAUCAUGUUAAGGAAAAAAAAAGUACUGCUGAAGUGCCAUUAUUAUUUCAGGUUGUUAUACGUACAGUAAAAUACACAACAGAAUCAAUGUUUUUCAAUAUUAGCCUCACCUCUUUUUUGUUUUUUAGAAAAAACAUGUUACCAGUGUCCCAAUAUUA